AUAAAGACAUAAAUGAUUCGUAACUACAUGAUGUGUUACAAUUUCAAAAAUAAAAUAUAUAGUAAAAGGGACACACUCUUUUUAAGAAAAAGUCAUUAUUUUUCUAAAUUUACAUGUUCAACUAUUUGUGGUCUACAUGUAAAUGUUCAUAACAGAGUGGAACACAUUCAGAGACAAUGGUGAAAAAAACACCUGUAAUUAUUAAUUUAUCCAGUCCUGAGCUGCUUGCCCAUUGUUAAUUUCUUAUUGUUAAACAUGUCAGUGUUGUAACACAAUAUUUAUAACUUAAAACAUUAAUACUUUUUUUUUUCAAAUGUCCUGAAGCCAAAAUGUUGCCGCAAAAAAAGAAUCACCCAAUUCUAAUCCAAACAUACUUUACUGAGCGCAAAGGGACAUUAAAUGUUGUAGCUCAUUAAUUCAGAUUCUUCUAAAAAAUUAUUGUCGAUGCUGUUGGCAGGAAAGAUCUCCUGCAGCAGUCUGUAUUACAGUGAAUCUGAAGAAGCCUCUGACUGAAGACACUCUGUUUUCCCAGUACAGUCUCAUGAACAGGAUAGUCAAAGGUUUUGAAGAAUCCCCCUUUGCACCAUCCCCCAAACAGAACCAGGACAGAACCAGAACAGAACCAGCCAUCUUUAUCAGACUGUUGAACCUUUUUAAAUCCCUGGUUCUGAUGCUGCUGCCCCAACAGAUGACAGUGUAAAAGAUGUCGCUCUCAACCACAGAAUAACACAAAAUACAAGCAAUAUGCUGUAAUUAUAUUAUUACAGGAAAACAAUCAAAUCCACUGAACCAAAUGUAUUUUCUCUACAAAACUGUAAGACCUUAUAAUAAAGACAUUUUUUCUAAAUAUGUCCUGUUGGUUGUAUUUCAGAGUACUGUACGGUAAACGCAUGUUUUAAAUUUCUUUGGACCUGUAAUCCUGUUGCCAUGGCAGCACAUUCCGUUUGUUUCAACAGAAACAGUUAAACUUACGUUUCCUAUCAAAUCCAGUUUUUAUAUUUUCUUCUGCUGGGAGAAGCUGAUUAGUGAACCACAAUGCCUCCAAAGAAAGGCAAAAAGGGCAAAAAGGGGAAAGCCGGGAAGGUGAACCCCUUCAUGCUGCUGGACUCUGCGCCCAUACAAGAAAUGACCAAGGAUCAGUUGUGGGAUUUCGCCCUCCGCAUCCAGGAGGAGCUGGAAACGGUGCGGAAGGAGAAGGGCCUCUUCCAGCCGGAGCGGGACAAAACCCAGACCGUCUGGGAGACGACCAAGAAGAACCUCGAGGAGUCCGAGGUCCAGCUGAGGAAUACGACCGCAGAGAGGUCAGAGGUCGAUGAGAGACACCGAGAGGAGAUGACUGUCUACAAGCAGAAGAUGAAGCACGUCCUGUCCGAGCAACACAACGCCGUCUCUGAGGUGAAGACGGACGCCGUCACGUCUCGCUCGCUCCAGCAGAAGCAGAACACGGACUUGGAGCUGGAUCUGCGGCGGCAGCUCCGGAAUCUGCAGAUGGACAACAGGGAGAAGAGGCUCCAGGAGCACAGCUCCAUCAAGAUGCUGAAGCUGAACCACCAGAGGGAGCUGAUGAGGCUCGGCGGCGAGUUUGAGCGCAGGAUGCAAGUGCUGGAGGUGCAGAAGCUGGUCACCACACGGUCCCUGGCAGAGACGUUCCAGAGGAAGCUGAUGAACGCUCUGACGGAGAUCGACACCUUCAACAAAUGUCACCUGGUGUCUCUGAACAAGGAACACGACAACAAGAGAGAACGGACAGAACUGACGUUUGAGGAAUUCCUGGACACAAAGCACUACGAGCAUCACACGUGGAAGGUAGAUGAAUCAUCGCAACGCCGUCCUUCAGUGCUGGGAGCUCCUCUGGAAUCCCUCUGGCUUUCAGGAAGUGAAGGAGUGACCUCGGUUCUUCUGGGAUUUUCUGACUCUGAAACCUGUUUCCAGGAGAUCCUGGAGUCCAAACGGACCGCCAUGGAGGCUCUGCAGCUGGACCUGGACCAGGGCGCCCAGGAGUACGAGCAGCUGCUGCGCAGCCUGAAGGGCGACCUGGAGGCCGCCGGCAUCUUGCUGUUCCAGUUUCCCUUUAAAGCCGCCCAGAAGGUUCUGGAGGAAGUCCGAUCAGAUCUGAAAGUCCAACCGGACCGGCACCAGAAGGACAUUCCCAAAUAAAGCGACAUUUCAGUUUUAAUUCAGUUUGACAUGAAAAGCAGUGACAUUAUUAUUAAAUUAAAUAAAAAUGAGUUUGGUUGGAAACUCUUCUGCUUCCUGAUCCGACUGUAAAAACAUCCGGAACCAGAAUUUCUGACAUUCAACAUCUCCUUUAUUGUUAGUGAUACAUGAGAAAAAGAAAGCAACACAUGAGCAGCACGGCCACAGCGGGUCACCAAACCAAAGAAGAAGAAGGAG